AUGGAUCUCAAGCCUCCCCAGCAACAGCGUACACAUAGAGGUUCGCAAAGCGACACGCGCAGAGCUGACAGAACUCUUCCGCAGACCAGACUAGUAUCGACGCUCCGACUCCUCAUCCCUCGCCUCCGUCUCCUCCAAAAGAAAGACACCGCGUCCUCCGUCGUCCAGCGCCGCGAACUCUCUCAACUUCUCAGCGAAGGGCGCGAGGCCUCCGCCCGCAUCCGCGUCGAAAAUGUCAUCGCAACCGAUAUCGCCGUCGAAGUGAUGGAAAUGGUCGAGCUGUACUGCGAACUCCUCCUCGCGCGCGCCAACGUGCUGGACCAGCUAGCGUUCGGCGAGAAGGGCACGCGUGCCCGCCUCCGGGCCAAGGAGUUGCUUAAGAAACACACACAGGCGCAAGCCGCAGCUGACGGCUCUACCAACCCACCUGCGGAGAGUUCCGCGCCUCGCUUUGGUUUCUCCUGGCUCGCGGGAUCGCAGAAAAAGGACAAAGAAGCGAACACGGCCGAUUUACCGUCGGAGGAUGAGGAUACUUAUAUGGAUACGGCGCUGGACGAGGCUGCUGUGGCUGUGUUCUACGCGUGGCAUCGGUUUCCGCAUGAUCUUCGCGAACUCACGAUGCUCCGGAAUAUGCUGGGGGAGCGAUAUGGGAAGGAAUUCAUGACACUGGCGCAGGAAAAUAAGAUCGACACGGUCAAGGUCCCCGAUAGGCUUUUGAAGGGAUUGCGUGUUCGUCCACCGGGGCAAGAAUUGGUGGAACUUUAUCUCCGGGAGAUCGCAAAGGCAUACGGAGUUUCAUGGCCUGCUGGCGAAGAAGAGGGGCUUGGAGAUGCUCCACCGGAGUUUAUUAAUGGUCAGGAUGACAGUCGUGAUCCACCACAGACACCGAGACCUACUGAUGGCCGCAGCCCGGUCAGCGUCGCACCUCCUGCACCUCGAACUGAUAAUCCAAAUCCGCGCGUCAAGGUUCCCGGAGACGAGUCAAACGAUGUUGGGAAGGCAGGCAGUGCAACAACCAACAGGUCUCAGGCUAAGGGUGGUACUGGCAUCCCGGAGCUCGACGAACUCACUAGGAGGUUUGCUGAGCUCAAGAGAAAGCCUUAA